CGGGCGUAUUCAUAUAUCACGUGUGUGUACUUCGGUCCUUAUGCGAACCCACUUAUUCUGACACAAGGUGGAGGAAAAGGAGCAUUUUUCAACUGACUGACCCACGGGAUUUCUGACCCAUCCCUCGGGGUUUUAACGAACCCUAUCGGGACAAACGACCAUGGACCUGCUAUACGAAAGCGACCAUAACAUUUGCGACAUGGAAGACCCAGAUAUGGGCGAAAUAUUGGAUCACGACGCUUUUCAAUCCCCCUCAUCAACAAACUCAGAAGGAGGCUACAUGGACGAUUGGUUAAACAGUUUAUUUGAAGACCCUGUCCUCAACGACAAGAUGAUCACGGAGGCUGUUCCGUCACCAAGGAUACAGUCGGAACAUAGCUAUUCCAUCAACAAUGAACUACCCCAAUCGCCCCUCGGACUCUCAAAUAUGGACUCGAAUGUGGAAGACUUGGACUCGACCUUCUUCAGUACAACACAGGCUUUAGACCUCAGCAGUAGUAAAACUCCCAGUUUCUCUACAGUAGCCACAAGCCAGUCCAUAUCGCCACUCAAGUCUGAGCCCCUCGAGAUUGCUGACCCAAUGCUCACCACGGUAACGACCAUGACAACCCGAACCUCGACGACGACUCGGCAACCAACGAUUAUACUUGCAACUACAUCCUCAUCGGCGUCGAAGAUCCAAUAUACGACUGGUUCGGCGACGCCUGUCAUCACACAGGCAGCUCAAUCAGUCCUCGCGCCCACAGUCACCAUCAAAGCAGAGCCAUUUGAACUCCUCGAUAAUCAGAUGGAGCAAACAGUAAAUAUGGACUCCCUGAUGAUGCCACCAACGCCCCCUAGUAGCGCCUCCAGCGACAGCGACGGAAGUCUUAGUCCGUCGCGCUCAGCACCCUCUAGUCCGGUCCGUCAGCUGCCAUAUGCCAGACAUCCCUCACCUUCAUCGAAAUCAUUUUCCCAACCUAUAUUUACAAACCCUAUUCCACAGUCAGGAAUAUUGCUACUAACAGAAGAAGAGAAGAGAACUCUCGUAUCGGAGGGCUAUCCGAUACCCGGCAAACUUCCCCUCACUAAACAGGAAGAGAAAAAUUUAAAGAAAAUCAGACGGAAAAUUAAAAACAAAAUUUCAGCACAAGAAAGCAGACGAAAGAAAAAAGAAUAUUUAGAACAGCUUGAAAAACGAGUUGAAGCAUUUUCUCAGGAAAAUAAUGAUCUGAAAAAGAAAGUCAAUUCACUAGAACAUAACAACCAGUCCUUACUAGGCCAACUACACAAGUUACAGUCGCUGGUCGGCAAGGUGGCGCGCCCGGCGACCUCCCAGACUGGGGGCACCGUAUUGAUGGUGUUGGUUCUAUGUUUCGCGGUGUUCCUUGGUGGAUGGAACCCUUCCUCUUUAAAUGUGGGCUAUUCUUCUGGUUCUCGUGCCAUGCACACAGCGGCUUUCUUCGGUAAUCCUCGCAUGAUGCAACCAUCUCCGAGGAUGGGGCCUCCAUUGCAGGAUGCCAAGGUGGACGCUUACUCCACUCCUAAUAUGAAAUCAAGAGUGCUAUUAUCUUUGCGUGAAGAAAGCGAAGAUUCAACAUGGUAUGAACCGUACGCUCCACAUGCCAUGCGGGACCCUGAACCGCAGGAGGACGUACACGAAAAAAGGGAGAUCAUGGUGACGAACCCAGCACUCGUGGAUAUGACGUCCAAUGAAGAGUCAAAGGUCGUGGAGUUCGUGACUGUGGAUCAUCGUGUCCACCAACCAAACAAUACGGAGAAAAACCAGGACCAAGCCCUGCUCCAUCCGGAUAUCCAAGCAACGGCGGGGUUCCAUUCGCAGGUCGAAAACAUCGUGGAGACAUCCUAGAUGAUGGAAAACUCCCUGUAACCAGAAAACUUCAAAAAAAGAGGGGAAAACCAAGUCACUGACCUGUUUAAAGAGAUUUGGAAUGACAAAUGAUUUUACAAAUAGAAUCCAAACAUACUUAAGGUGAAUUGAUGUGAGAUUUUAAUUGGCAAUAUACAAAAGCCAUAUGGACACCAAUGUGUGUAUUUAUGAGGAAGGACGUUUUUGGACGCCGAAGGACGUUGUUGAGGGGAAAUGUGUAGAACUAACUAGUGCUUCUCUUAAUAUGAUAAUAACUGGGGAUAUCGGACGACCUCGUCUGACCGUAUCACCAUGGGUGUAUGUACCGGACGACCUCGUCUGACGGUAUCACCAUGGGUGUAUGUACCGGACGACCUCGUCUGACCGUAUCGCCAUGGGUGUAUGUACCGGACGAUCUCGUCAUACCAUAUCACCAUGGGUGUAUGUACCGGACGAUCUCGUCAUACCAUAUCACCAUGGGUGUAUGUACAGUAUAAUUCUUGAAAAGAAUGUGGACUCAAUGUUAUUAUUAUUCAGUAACUGAAAAUGAAAUUUUCAGCUGCUUAUUUUUUUUUAUUGUUAUUCUAUGUCAUUUUGGGAACUUUUAAGUUGACGGACCAAUUCUGACACAUAUACAUCACUCCAUUUUUCAUGUCUUUGUCAUUCAUUGCCCAAACAUGUAAAUCAUCAAAGUUUCUUUCAAGACCCUUUAAAUUACAUGGCCUUUUUUUUCUCUUUUCUGAUCUCUUCUCUAAUCAUCAUUGUCUCGUUCCAUCUUGUCACUUACAAAGAAUUAUGUCCCUUGAAACUUGACCAUACACAAGUCAUGUAUGAAAAAAUUGUCCACGUUUUGUCUCGUACAUAUUUUUUUUUAUAAAAAAAAAAAAUUUAAAGAAAAAAAUUAAAAAAUUAAAAAAUAUUGAAUGUGUACACGUUGCUAUGGAGAUGCCUAACUGAUGCACCUUGACAACAAGUUUGAUUGAAUAUAGGAAUGUCUUCAUGUUCGUGUAAAUUUUAAUGGUGCUUUGCGACAACUAAAUACAUGAUCCAUAAUUGUUUACUUGAAUCUCUAUUCAUUCCACGAAAUGCCCCAUAUGAAAUUCUUUUAGUGUAAUAAAUUCAAGAAUGUAAAGUGAAAAAAAAAAAAUCAAACUGGUGUAAAUUUUGAAAACUGAAUCACAUAUGGUAAUCUGUUAUUUUGAAUACAUCAGGCCGAUACAAUCAAAACUGCCAUAAUCCAUGGUAUGCUGUUAUACAGAAGCAAACGGAUUGGUCAGUAUAUUUAGAUUUUCCUUGUAGAAAAUCUCAUCAUAAACAAUGAGCAGCUUUGCUACCAUAUAAGAGCAAUUUUUAAAUCGUUCGCAUGCUAAUUAAAAGUGGCUGCCUGUUCCGAUAAAUAUAUACAUGUUUUUUUUUUUUUGUGAUGAUCUUGUUUAUGUAAAAUUCAGAAAUUUUCUGUGCAGGUUGUUGGUUAAUCUUUAGAUUACAAUAUUUUAAAAACACCUUUAAAGGUAGUUCAGACAGGCACUGCCACUAUCCUUGUUUUCAUUGUUAUAACGGUUUUUUGACUGAAGUUGGAAUUUCUGUUCCAUAAUAUUUUUUUUUUUCGUUAAAAAAGAAUCAUUUUGAUGCCUAUGAGUAACCAAGUCUCUGUUCUUUGGUUAUUUUUGUUAUCGGAGAAUUUGUUCAAAUGAGCCUUUCAUUAUUAUUUUCCCGUUAAGAAAUUUUAUCUUGUUGACGAAGACGUUUUGUGAAGAAGUGACUGUGAUAAUAAGACAGUUGUUAUUGGUGAAAUUGUAUAUGAAAGAUGUGAAAACCAGAAAUGAACCUGAAUACAGAUAAAAUGGAAUCGUGUUGAAUAUAAGCUGCGAUCCCAUAUAGAUAUCUCCCAUGCCACUAUAUCACACAAGAAGAUUUCUGAUUUUUUUCUCUUGUUUAUUCCUUGCAGAUAAGUAUUUUGCAAGUGCUUGUUUGUUUAUUAUUUGUAUAUGUUAACAGUAAACAUAUAUAUAUAUAUAUAUUGUUGCAAUUUAUUUUUUAGAAUCCAUGAAAGGAAUAUAUGGAUUUCUUGGCAAGUCGGCAAGAGUGCAUUUCACGUGGCGUUUGUAGAAUAUUCAUCUACCCCGCCUUUCUCAUCCUUUUAUUUAUUCAUGUAGCUGUAGUUUUAUUCUUCAUAACAAUGUUCGUCACUAGUCAUAUCUGUAUAUAAAUGGUAAUUUCACUGUCUGUAACAUGUAACGCGCACAAUAGGAUAACACAAUUUUUCCUCUGCAUCCAGAAUUUUUUCCAUAUAUUUUUCGAGGAGUCUUUUCAUCACCAAUCAUGAAUGUUUACAUAUUAGAUGCGUUACAUAUUACAGACAGUGAUGAUUGCUAUGAGGCUGUUAUCAUUGUUCAGGUUACUGAUAGAAAGUAAAAACCUUCGCUACUUUGGUUGUGGGUAAAAACCAUGAUGUAAGCCAAAUUUUUAAUGUAUUUUUUUAUCAAGGAAGAUCCUCCUUGUUAGACCGUGGGGCAUAAUUGUAAAUAAACAAAACACAAUCAUGUGAAUGAAAGUUAAAUAAUAUAUUGCUCUAUAUAUAUCAUUAAAGACUCAAGAAUAAAAA